CUUUCAAAUGACAUAAUCAAAAUAGACGACAGACGAUUUUGCAAAAAUGCUGCGUUAAAGUUGCCUUUAUUAACACGCAAGUGAAUUAGUGGUCCACGAUGAGGACUCGUAGUAAUUCCGGAGUUCGUUUGGACUAUUACCAAAGGGUAGUGCAUAAGUUGAUUUUAGAUCACCAACAACCAGUUACUGGAUUGUUCCCUGCGAGCCCAGACAAUGAUCAUGCAUGGAUCAGGGACAACUUGUACUGUAUAUUAGCAGUAUGGGGCCUGUCUAUGGCCUUCAAAAAGAUUGCAGAUCAAGAUGAAGACCGUGCCAAAACAUAUGAGUUGGAACAAAGCUGUGUUAAAUUAAUGAGAGGUCUAUUAAUGGCCAUGAUGCAACAAAAAGACAAAGUUGAGAAAUUUAAAAGUACUCAACACCCCCUGGACUCUUUGCAUGCCAAGUAUUCAUCCACCACUGGCCGCAGUGUGGUCAAAGACAAUGAGUGGGGCCACCUGCAGGUUGAUGCCAUUUCCCUCUAUUUGCUCAUCCUUGCCCAAAUGACAGCAUCAGGCUUACAAAUUGUGUUUUCAUUGGAUGAGGUAGCUUUUAUUCAGAACCUAGUGUUUUAUAUUGAGUCAGCUUAUUGCACUCCUGAUUAUGGUAUCUGGGAGAGAGGUGAUAAAACAAACCAUGGGUUGCCAGAAUUGAAUGCCAGCUCUAUUGGCAUGGCAAAAGCUGCUCUUGAGGCUAUGAAUGAGCUAGACCUCUUUGGAGCCCGAGGUGGCCCCUCUAGUGUCAUCCAUGUAUUAGCUGAUGAAGCCCAAAAAUGCCAAGCAGUGUUACAGUCCAUGUUGCCCAGAGAAUCAAAUAGUAAAGAGUUGGAUUCUGGCUUGCUUUCAAUUAUAAGCUAUCCAGCAUUUGCUGUUGAUGACCCACAGUUAAUAACCAAAACUAGAGAUACCAUAGUCAAUAAACUACAAGGAAAGUAUGGCUGUAAAAGAUUUCUUAGAGAUGGUCACAAGACACCAAGAGAAGACCCAAAUAGGUUGUAUUAUGAGCCUUGGGAGUUGAGAAUGUUUGAGAACAUAGAAUGUGAGUGGCCUCUAUUCCUCUGCUACUUAAUUUUGGAUUAUUGCUUCCAAGGAGAUAAACAUAAUAUAUCAGGAUAUAUGCAGAAGUUAGAAAAUGUAAUGAUAAGGAAAGAGGAUGAUGGAAUAAAGUUGGUACCAGAACUUUACGCUGUGCCACCAGAGAAGGCUGAUCUAGAACAGUGUCAACCUGGGAGCCAGGAGCGUAUACCCCUGGGCCGUUGUCCUUUUAUUUGGGCCCAGUCUUUGUAUAUUUUGGGAAAGCUCUUGCAAGAGGGUUUCCUAGCAGUUGGAGAGUUAGAUCCACUCAACAGACGAUUGUGCUCAGAGAAGAAGCCAGAUGUAGUCGUCCAGAUUGUCAUCUUAGCUGAGGACAAUGAGAUACGGGACAAGUUGAUCGAGUACGAUCUGCACGUACAAACAAUAGCCGAGGUGGCGCCUAUAGAAGUGCAACCAGCUAGAGUCCUAAGCCAUCUUUACACAUAUUUAGGUAGAAACAAAAAGCUUGGACUCUCUGGAAGAAAAUCUCGAGAUGUUGGUAUACUCAGUACAAGCAAACUGUACUCGUUGAACGAUAGGAUAUUCGCCUUCACACCUCAGAACUUCGACUACGAGGAAUACUACAUGUCGCGCGACCCGGCGUUGCUCGCGAGCACAUUCACCGCGAACGUCGCCUUCCUCGGGAUGAGUUGGAAGCAGAUGCUCGGCCGCCCGACCAUCACGCUACUAGCCACGCAGUAUUUGUUAGACCAGGGUAAAAUUCCUAUGGCCAUGAUUACAACCAUGAAGAAAUUGAAGUCCGGAUACAUUAAUGGCACCCGCGUGACUUUGGGACAUUUGGGGGACUUUUUAAGCACUUCUGCCAUAACCAAUUUGAGUUUCUUGGGAAGUCAAGAAGACGGAUAUCCAGAUAAACUCAACCCUCAAGUGCAGAGCUACUUGGAAGAGCACCUGCUGAAGUCGUUCAGCAACAAGCUGAGCUUCCUGCCGCGGCCGGCGGGCGCGCCCAACGCGCGCAUGCUCAAGCGGCGCAUGUCCGUGCGCGGCGCCAUCAAGAAGACGCGCUCCAUCAAUGUGGACUCGGAGACACUCGGCAUGGAAGGCGAGUACGUGGGUCCGCAGCUCGAGAGGAAGCCCUCCUGGCUCGAGGUGGACCCGCACUACGGCCGCAGCCCGUCUCCUGACGACGCCAGGAGGAAAUCUAUCACCAAAGGUACGUCUACAACCGGUUUGGGAGUUGGCUCGAUUACACCUACGGAUGUCGCCAAAGAAAAACUACCCUCUCCGCCCAAAGAACAAGGACUUAUAAACAAGAACAUCCCUGUCAUCGUCCGCAACCGCACCGCAUCGGAGUCGCAGGGCGUGUCGUACGCGGAGCAGGAAACCGACGAGCUGGUAGCGAUGCUGCGCGAGACCGAGAGCUUGGACGAGCAGGGCGACAUCCUGCAGUACUUGGUCGACACACACGGACUUGAAUUCAAUACCGGCAUGACAGAAAACGGCAAAGCUGUAACAGUGAAAGACCUCCUGAAAGCUUUAUACGAGAAGGCGUGCACGCAGAAGCUGUGGGGCCUGGUGCGGCACACGGCCGGCAUGCUCGGCAAGCGCGUGGAGGACCUCGCCAAGGCCGUCACGGACCUGCUGGUGCGCCAGAAGCAGAUCACCGUGGGCAUGCCGCCCAACAACGAGCACACCAUCACGGCGCCGCUGCCCGAGAACGAGCUGAGGCAGUUGAUACAUUUGACAUUUCGCAAUGAGAAGAAUGAUCACGAACAUAAGAAGGCAUAUGGCGACGACGAGAGUACGGCGAUGCUGACACAAGAGCUCCUCGUGUACUUGGCCAUGUUCAUAAGGACAGAGCCGCAGCUGUUCCUGGAGAUGCUUAGACUACGCGUCGGACUAAUUAUUCAGGUAAUGGCCACGGAACUGUCCAGGACGCUAUCUUGCGACGGCGAGGAGGCAUCGGAGCACCUUCUUAACUUGUCUCCAUUCGAAAUGAAAAAUUUGCUGUACCACAUUCUCAGCGGAAAAGAAUUUGCCAUCAACAGUGCAAAUUCUCUGUGUGUAAUAAAGGAGAAGUUCGCCAAGAGUAAAGUCGGCCGCGGAAACUUCUCGAUCGUGAGCAACAAAUCGCAUCGCUACGGCAAGAAGUCGCAAAUUAUCUUGGAGUCUGGUCAGUCGCUCCAGGGCAACAUUGAGGACAUCGCGCCGAUCGCGGAGCCGGACCGCCAGGGGCAGUGGCUGCGCCGCCGGCGGCUGGACGGCGCGCUCAACCGCGUGCCGCGGGACUUCUACCCGCGCGUGUGGGGCGUGCUGGAAAAGUGCCAAGGUCUAGUCAUCCAAGGCAAAGUGCUGCAACCGAAUUUGACCCAAGAGAUGACGCCCGGAGAGUUGAAAUUCGCGCUCGCUGUCGAGACGGUGCUGAACUCUAUACCCCAGCCUGAGUACCGGCAGCUAGUGGUAGAGGCGCUUAUGGUGCUGACUCUAGUGGUAGAAUACAAGGCGGUGAGCCACCUGGGCGGGACUAUUACAGUGGAGCAUCUGGUGCAUAAGGCUAAUCAGAUAUUUUUGGAAGACCAGAUGCGAUGCAACGGCGACGCGACGCUGUGCUGCGCGAAGGCGGGGGCGGCCUCGGGCGAGGGCGCGCUGCUGUGCGGCGGCGCGGCCGGCGUGUGCCAGCACCUGUACGACUCGGCGCCCAGCGGCUCCUACGGCACCAUGAGCUACCUCGCGCGCGCCGUGGCCGCGCUGCUGGCCGAGCGCCUGCCGCCCGACGCGCCCGUCGAGUGCGCCAUCACGUAGGCCGCUGCCGCCCGACGCGCCCGUCGAGUGCGCCAUCACGUAGGCCGCUGCCGCCCGACGCGCCCGUCGAGUGCGCCAUCACGUAGGCCGCUGCCGCCCGACGCGCCCGUCGAGUGCGCCAUCACGUAGGCCGCUGCCGCCCGACGCGCCCGUCGAGUGCGCCAUCACGUAGGCCGCUGCCGCCCGACGCGCCCGUCGAGUGCGCCAUCACGUAGGCCGCUGCCGCCCGACGCGCCCGUCGAGUGCGCCAUCACGUAGGCCGCUGCCGCCCGACGCGCCCGUCGAGUGCGCCAUCACGUAGGCCGCUGCCGCCCGACGUGCCCGUCGAGUGCGCCAUCACGUAGGCCGCUGCCGCCCGACGCGCCCGUCGAGUGCGCCAUCACGUAGGCCGCUGCCACCCCGGCCUUCCAGGCCCGGCCCCAGCCCCCACGCGAGGCCGAUUAUGGGGCGUUUCACGAAUGUCGCUUGCGAAAUGCUGAGCAUGAAGCUCGAGAAUACCUUUACUGCCGAUUUGUUAGCCGAAUCGUGAAAUAUUACCUGUUAAUGUUUUUAGAAGUAUUAGUAGAUUGGCAUUUUAAUAAAGCGACAUUCACGUGGAUUGCGCGGUUUCACAGACUCCGCGGCGACCGUAUUAUGAAUCCUUCACGAGUAUGACGACGUCACCACACAUGAGUGCAAUAUAUUAUACCUAUUACUUAAAAAAUGCUACGAACGGGCCUACCGAAUUGCAUCCUACAGUAUUCAAUAGAGAUGCCACGAAUAUUCGACAACUAUUCGGUAUUCGGCCACUUUGUUGAAUAUUCGGUAUUCGGCCGAACGCCGAAUAGCUAUUACACCCACUUAUUUAAAAAUGCACUAAUAAAGUGUACCAUAAACCAUAUUAUAUUUUUUAUGUGCUGAAAAUGUAUUAUAGGGAUGUUUUUAUUAAUGAAUUUUUUUUAGCAAUGUUGCUUGUAAAUGAUUUAAUUUUUAUCAUAGGCUAAAUAUGCUCGACUCUUAACUACAUACACUACAUUAUUUAAUAUAAUACUAUGUAUUUAUGCAUGUUUAUUUAUAAUAGUAGUGUUUAGAUUGUGACUUUUAUCUCUCUGUACUGAUUUUCUCUGCACCAAUUGUAAGUUUCUGUUUGGCCCAAUGGUUGUACUUUUUUGUAUUGUGCAAUAACGGAUAAAUAAAUAAAUAAAUACACUACUAAUGAGCAAUAAAACUUAACUCUUAGCAAACAUUGUCCUUUCUUUGUAGGCGACUAUUUUUCUGAAAAAUGUGAUAAAAAAGGUACACGUGUUUUACCGAAUAUUCGGUGCUUCGGCCGAGUGUGUGGCCGAAUAUUCGGUAUCCGGCCAAAACCACUAUUCGUAGCAUCUCUAGUAUUUAAAUACAUAUAUUGUCGGCAUAUUAUAGGCCCAUGUUCAUCCCUACAGCUAAAGUUUGUAGGUAUUUUUAGUAUAGGUACCUACAUGAGAACAAGUGGUUAACGUAAACUCAUCUGAAAUAAGCGGUUGCUAUCUCAUACUAAAUUAUUACAGGACGCGCCUUUGUAAGUAUAUUGUAAUACAGGUGAUCUGUGGGUUUGACAUACCUACCUAACUUAUACUUUUGCGAUUCUGAACGUAAAAGAUCUAAACAAAGACCAUUAUUUAGACAAAAAGCGGCUCAUUAGUUAGUUAUAGUGCUAUUAGUGCUGUAUCGCGCCAUUUUUAGGGUUCCGUAGCCAAAUGGCAAAAAACGGAACCCUUAUAGAUUCUUUAUUUAUUUAAGUAGUCUUUUUUGCUAUUGGCCACCGUUUACGAGUUAUUUACGAAAAUAUAGAAAAAUGGACCAUCAAAUUGAUUUAUUUGCGUGAAAGAACAUUUUUGCUAUGGGCCAUUAACCCACGAGUUAUUCACGAAAAACUACAAAAUGGGACCUUUAACCUCCCCACCCGUUAGCGCCACCCCCAUCCAUCAGUACUUUCAGUAUGUUGUGCAAGAUACCUUUAUCUACAACUAUACCACAAUUCGCUUAUACACGAAUUAUUUCCGCCUUUGGGCUGUUUUUGGGCUUCGUUUGAUGAGCUAUAUUAAGGUUGGCACAACUUGACGUCCCUAUGCGGUCGUACCACAGAUAAGAUAAUAACUUGAAUUUUGACAACCCUAAAUAGCCGAAAGGGAUAGUGCCCUACAUUAGAAAGGGACAGCAUGAUUCGUCCCUGAAUCGCUGUCAAACAUCGGUUUUUGUAGGAAGUGUAAUUUCUGUACGGUAGUACUAUUAUUAUUCAUAAUCAUAAUCAAUUUAUUAAUAAUAAAAAUUACAGGUCACAGUAAUUGCCUAUAUCUAUAGGAAUAUUCUGUGGCUUGGGCGAGAUUUGCAUUGAACUGUCAAAAAUCCGCGCCAGCUAUAAUUAAUCUAAACCUAGGAUUUUUGUCGCCACAUUUGUAUAAGAUUAUAUGAUAAAUUUUUUAAAGUCAAGCCAAGAAAAAGAAACAUAAUAUUUUUUAUUGUUUUCCUUUUCCUAUACCUUCACAUAUGUCAUAGUAUCAUACAGUAUAAUCUUAUAAAUAUAUCCACAAACAUAUACAGGGUAUUUCCUGUAACAGGAGCAAUAAAUUAAAAUAUAGACCCCUUAAGUAAUCAGUUAUUAAGUCCAAGUGGUUUUAAUUAAUUAAAAUGAAAAAAAAAAUACUGUUAUUUUCUUACACAAUUAAUCGAACCAGCAAUGUACAGCCGCCACGCUGGGCAACCAUUAAUUCACUAUCAUGUUUAGUCGGAAUACUUCGGUAAACGUGACAGAAACGUACACAUAUGUCAACAAAACGGAAGCUACAGUUCUUCAAAGAUUACGCUAAGUGUUAUUUACGCAUAAAUACUCGAUAGAUAACUGAUAAAAAUGCGACUAAACAAAUAGACACAACAGACUUUUACGUACCUGUUUAGAAAAUAACAUUAAAAACGUUACCUACCUAAAAUAAUUAUAAACAAGAAUAGAAUUAACAUGUUUAUUCAGUCCAAACAAUACGCGGCUUACUUUUUUUACUGAUGUGUAGGUACUUAUGUUCUAUUAGUAAUUAUUGUACCAGCAGUUUGAAGGCAUGUUUCAUGAUAUACGCCAAUCAGCUGUUUUGAAGCCAGGAGUAGGGUUCUUGAAGACGAAUAUGUUUUGUCGAUAAUAGAGAAUUACAGCACACUUUGGGCACGUGCUGUACAGGACGCCGCUCUGGUUAUUGCUAUUAUCUGCACAUUAUUUACAAUGGCGGCUCUUAGGCAAGUGAUGGAUGGUUAUCGUAAACAAAGUACUUAAACCUCGGCUUAGGUUUCCUUUUUGGCUUUAUUGUAAUUAAGUAACGUCACACAAUAACGUAAACACAAUUCACACCAUUUGUAAUCUUUUUGUAAUACUUAUUGGAAAAAAAAACUUUUGACUCGACAACUUGACAUUGUCAAUGUAAUCUUAACACGCAAAUUUUGAGUCUUGUCACGUGAGCGUUGUGAAAACGGACUUCGGUUAUGAUCGUAGGAAAGUACCGGAAACCACGAUUACUUCCGAACUUUAUUUACCAAUCAUUUGUGAAGUUGCUAUGGUUACUUUAUAAUAAUAGCCUGUAGCCAUAGAAACGUUACAAAAAGACAGACCGGAUGUGACCGGAUAGUCAAGUAGGUACUACUUAUUAUAACCAUAGUUGCUAGGUUACGGUUACUAGACUUGCAAUUGAUUAAACGAAUAUAUCCGAGUAAGUUCGAAUCGUAUGUUACGACUAAAUAAAAAAAUAACCCAUCCCAAUCAAAAAGUUUGCAUUCGGGAUUUCGUGGUUUGUCGUACCACAAGCCUAUAUCUUCGAUCAUAUUUUUUUUAAUGAAAAAUCCAUUGGCGAAAACCUCCAACGAAACUGAAAAGUAAAGGGUGGCCGUUUUCGUAAUACAAUAAUAAUACUCCUAUUCCUUGAAAAUAAGGACUAAUUUAUAGUUGGGCUAGGAAUUUACUCACUUAAAGCAUAGUCUGAAUGAAUCAUACUGUCUCUAUCUUAUGCUAGUACUAUCACCCCGAAAAAAGGGAUGAGUGCAUAUGCAUAUGCAUUAUAUUAUUUCUUCUACUGUUACUGACAAAACUGGAUUGCCAGACUAUAGUUUUGUCAAGAAGAUCAAAUCAACCAGAAAUGGCACCUGUCAAAAGAAGUUCGAGUAUUUUAACGAUUUUUAUUUGGUACAAAUGAAAUUAUUAACACAUUUAGAUUUUAUGCACGUAUAAUAAAAAAAAAUAAAGAAAACAAUAUUGUUGUACAAAAAACUAAUAUUGCACAUACUUUUCUCAGAAUCCACAAUUACUAGCUGCUUAAUUGAAAAUGUUCUCAAUAUGCUGACCAUGUGCUCGUAUGCAUGCGUUGUACCUUAACAAUGUAUUUCGAUGUACUACAUUUAGAUCACGUUGCCGUAUGGUGUUAAAUGCCGGAGUAAUUCGAUCUUUUAGCAUUUCUACAUUAUCUACUUCGGCAGAAAUAUAUAAAAUUUAUUCUAAUAAAUCUCUUAAACAAUCUAACUAAAAUAUAAUAUUACAAAAUUAAAACUAAAAUUAAACCUAGAAAUAAAAUAAAAUUAUCUACUAUAAAAUAUACUUACCUACAAAAAAAAAAGGAACCAAUUAUAAAGAGAAUACCCCUUCUAACAGGUCUGUUUGCGGCAUGGACCCCAUGAUACUGGCGGCAUUACCUCUCUGUAUGGCAAGGGAAAUACGUUGAGAGAGGUAGAAUAUACGUCGUUUUUGAUAGCUCCCCAUAAAAAGAAGUCCAAACAUGUCAAAUCGGGCGAUCUCGGUGGCCAUCGUCCGAUCCAUCGAUUUCCGAAUAUUUCGGUCAACUUUUCACGGACUGCCACAACGGAAUGAGCAGGGGCUCCGUCGAGUUGGAACCAUGUCACAUUUUUUACAUUUUCGGGCAGAUUGUUGUAAUACUGUAAUAAAGUGACAU